CUCGUUCGUACAUCUUUCACGAUAAACCAGAUCACCUCCACUUCAGGACGCAUAUCAAGAUCUCCCAAUGGCAACUAUCGAUGCCCAGGGCCUCAGAGAAAUAAUUGAGCGCUUUCGAGUUCUGAUCGUAGGGAGAGGAAACGCAGGCAAAACGACCAUUCUCCGGAAAGUCUGCGACACCAAGGAUCAACCAGAAAUCUACGAUGCCGAAGGAAAUAAGAUUGAUGCCGCCAUCGUAGAAGCCUCGAUCAAGCCUGGAGAACACAAUAUCACAGAUGAAAUGGUGUUCAAAAGCAAACCCGGUUUUGUCUUUCACGACUCUUGCGGCUUUGAAGCGUGCUCUAAAGAAGAAUUUGAGGUUAUGAAAACUUUUGUCUCAGAACGCGCACACGCGACAAAAUUGGAGGAGCGAAUCCAUGUCAUUUGGCAAGUAACUCCUCUUCUGACAUUCCACGCGUAUUGUAUUCCAAUGGACGAACCGUGUCGAACAUUCCAGCGAGCCGAGGAAAAGUUCUUUUUGGAGUGUGACACUGGGAACGUUCCCGUGAUUGUGGUGUUCACCAAGUUUGACGCUCUGCUUCCAGUUGCGUAUGGAGACAUCAAGAAACAACUAAAGGGGGUAUCGCCAGAGGAACGCUCAAAGAGGAUUGCCCAGCGCAUGGAAGAAUUGUUCACAAAUACGCGUGUGUGGGAUCGGUUGUGCGACCCUAAAAACCGUGUGCGUCCUAAGUCUUCUGUACGGUUGCAGAAUAUGAACAAACCGGAUACAGACUGCAACACUCUACUGGAAAGUACCACUCUCGCAUUGGACAACGAGGCAUUACGCUUUUGCUUGGUGUCAACCCAACAAUCAAACCUGGAGCUUUGUAUCAAGUGUGCUGUUACGACACUCGUUGGUCAUGCACGUCGGCAAUCUGGGCCACUUGGAAUUGAUUAUGGAUCCUAUCAGUAUGACAUUGCUAAGUGGUUUGCACAUCUCGAAGUAAGGAAAAGAUUGAUUUAACCUGACGCACUGGUGAUGAUGCUCAUGAUGUCAUCCAUUGAUAACAGCUGGUAAGAUUGUGGUUUACAGAGCUCGAACAGCAUGUACAACGCUGAUUCCUUGCUGCUGCUCGCCUGUUGACAGU